AUGGACGUCGUCGGAAUGCACCAAAACCAUGAAGAAGACAAUGAAAAUGAAUCGCUCGAAAGUACGAAAGAAUGGAUUCUGAAGCAGGAGCAAAACGAUGAAAUUCUCUAUGAAAAUAUCAAAAAGUUGGAGAAAUCUCUUCUAAAUCACCAGCAGAAAGUUGAAUCUGACAAAAUCGAGCAAAAAUCCACGUUGAAAUCGCUUUUCUCGGAAAUGCGUCAGAAUCUAUCGGAGGAUUUCAAGAACUUUCAAACAGGAAUGCUCACCGAAAUACGCGAUUUUCGUGAUGACGUCAAACUGAAGUCAUCGAAAUCAGAAAGCGUUGUUGCCCGGAAAUCUGAGUCUUCGGAUACGGAUUCUGGGACAAGUGAGCACGGAGAUGAGGUGGAUUCUGUCCGAAAAGUGAUAAAAGUUCCGACGAUUGAUAACGGAAUAUUGCUCAGAGAUAAUUAUAGAUGCUCAAUUGAGAAGUUGGAGAGAAGUUCAGCUGGUUUUAGAGAGGAGAUUACAGCGAUUAACCAUGCUUUUGUAUAUUUCAGAGAUGAGCUCGAAGCUUUGAAAUGUGAGCAAAACGAGAGAAUCGAAGCUAUGGAUAAAGCUCACAAGGAAGAAAUGGAAGCUCUCCGCCAAGAACUGCUCACAAAAAUUGAUAAUGCUAAUAAGAAAGAUGAGAUCCCCAAACUCAUGGAACAACCAGUCCAGAAACCACAAAAAAUCCCAAAAGAAAUCCCGAUUCGCUUCGCAAUCGUUGGCGAUUGGAAACUGGUCACAUCGAAGAAUCUAACAGAGUUCUAUGCCAAGAAUCACAGUCACAAACACGAGGUUCACUCAGUCAACAUGAGAUUCCGUUUAGUUGAAAACAAGCUCACUUCGUAUUUCUUCAACGGAAAAGACUAUCAAAAAUUGAAGUGCAAGUGUAUCGGAACGGCGGAUAGUGCGAAAAAUCACUGGAGAAUCGAGGGAAAUCAGAUCAAAUCGAUUGAUUUCAAUGGAUUUUCAAAGGAAACGAAUGUCACUGAAAAGUGUGUCAGAUACAUGGAAAACGGACAACUGGUUGUGAUUAAUGAGAUGGGAGGAGUCGUUUGUACCAGAAUCUACGAGAAAAUCAAACAAUAA